UAUUAAAUCAAACCCUGUCUUCAAUGUCCAACACUUUAAACUUUAGUGCAACUCUUAAUAGUCCCUUGAAUAGUAAGAAUAUUUAAAAUAAUUAGAUUUUACAAAUCCUCAGAAUUUCACUUAACCUUUUUACUCUUCAUAGCUAUCAAGACAUACUUUUACAGAAACUAAUUAAUCAGUGAUGCUUUAGAAUGAAAAUGAAAUGAAUAUUGAAAAAUUAGUAAAUAUUAUUAUAAUUCUUAGUCACCAAAUAACUCCACAAAUUUAGAAGGAAGUGUUAAAAAGGAAGAUGAAUCUUAUAUUCCAAUAAUAUAAACAUUAAAAUAAGAGUUUAAUAGAGAAUCUCCUUAUAUAAAGAUUAGUGUAUAUAGACAACACCAACUGGCUAAUUAAAAAAUUUAUAUUCUCCAAGAUGACAAGUAAUUUCUCUUAUAUAUUUCUAGAAUCAUAGGAGGCAAUUAAGUUCAUAAAAAUGAAAUCUAGAUAAUAAGAAGGAAAAAAGCUUUACGCGCUAGUGACAAUAAUAUGGAUUUUGGUAUUAAUUAACGUUAUUUUUUAGGUUUAUCUAAUUAAGAAUCUAAUAUUGAGUAAAUCCCUUGCAAAAUUUCAACAUAAUAUGGAUUUCGAUAUUCAAGCAGAAUUACUCCUUAAAUUUUAGUAUUUCUUUCAUUGAAAUAUUUCAAUUUUAAGUUUGCUAUGUUCCCUUUAAAUGUCUUCAAACUUAUUCAUUAAUUUAUCAAGUAAACUUUUUUUUUUAUUUCUUAGAGAAUAGCCAAAAUUUUAUAUUUAAGAUUGUGGAACAUCAUUAAAGACAUUAGUUAGAAUUUAAAAAGAUAAUCCAAAAAGAAUGAAUCAGAAUAAUAAAUACCUAAUUGGAGCUGACUUCUACUUUCAUGUUGUUUAGUUAAACACAAUUCCAAAAUUAUGUGAUAAAAAAAACGAAGAAACGGAAAUUGAUUAUUUUUUUUAAACACUUGUUAGAGAACAUAUAAGAGAUAAAACCAGAAUUCAUGGAUUAACAAAAUAGGAAUAAACAAUUUUUUCAUGUAUACAUAUUUGACAUAACAUUCUAGAGUAUUUAUAAAAUUAUUCAUAAAUGAAAAAGAAAGGAAGAAAAUAAUAUAGUUUAUAAAAUUGCAAUCGUCCUUUUCUUAAAAUUUAAUUUGAUACUCCAAUAAUUAAAUAAAUGGCUGUGUUUAUUGCAAAAUCAGGAGAAUAAUCAAUUUUUAAAAUUGGAAGAUCUUAAGAUUGUGAUAUAAUUGUUAAUAUGAAUACAAUUUCUAGAAAGUAAACAUAAAUAAUGUUCAAUAAAAAUUAAUGGGAAAUUUGCGAUGGAGAAGGAGUUAAGCAAUCUGCCAAUGGUACUUGGUAGUCAUUAUAAUAAUACCAAAAUCCCUCAAAUCCUAUAUUAUAAUCAAGUCAACCAUUAUAAAUCGAAGAUAAAAUGGAAAUCAAAAUUAGUGAAAAUAUUUUUAGAUUUGAUAUGUUAGGAUUUGGUAUCUCGAAAAGGUAUCAUAUUAUAAAUAUUUCUGUAGAAGAAAAUUAAAUAAUUCAUUCUAUUAGGAGUUAACAAAUAUUGAUUAAUUAUGA